ACUCCGUAGACGUGACAUUUAACUUGGUAAAUUGAAAAUUAAAGAUUUUUUUAAAUCAGCUAAUUUCUUUAAAUAUUAAUUAUAGAAAAUAAAACAUAGAUAUUUUUUGUUACUUACAAUGAUUCGUUUUAUCUUGAUUCAAAAUAGAGCAGGAAAAACACGUCUAGCUAAAUGGUACAUGAAUUUUGAUGACGACGAGAAACAAAAAUUAAUUGAGGAGGUACAUGCAGUUGUUACAGUUCGUGAUGCCAAGCAUACUAAUUUUGUUGAGUUUCGCAACUUUAAAAUAGUGUACCGGAGGUAUGCAGGACUGUACUUUUGUAUCUGUGUAGAUGUAAAUGAUAACAAUUUGUGUUAUUUGGAAGCUAUUCACAAUUUUGUCGAAGUUCUCAAUGAAUACUUUCACAAUGUCUGUGAACUAGACCUGGUUUUCAACUUUUACAAAGUAUACACAGUAGUAGAUGAAAUGUUUUUAGCUGGUGAGAUUAGGGAGACUUCACAAACAAAAGUUCUUAAGCAACUUUUAAUGUUAAAUUCACUAGAAUAAUAUUGUCUAUUAAUGUUCCAGUGAUGUAAGUAAUAUCAUCUUUUUUUAUAAUUACUCCAUUUUUAAACCAUAUGGUUAAAAAUAUGUUUUACUUUUAUCAAUUCAGAUCUUUUAAAGCAAAUAUUAAAAGUUCUGUCUGAUUUGAUCAUGAUUGCUAUAUUUCUAUGAAGUUCAUUUAGGAAUAAGAAAAUAGUAUGUAAAGUGUAUAAAAGUGGUUUGUUAAUCUAAAUUAUCAGCAAUUAUCCCCAAUACGUAUAGCACAUCUCUUAUAGCUAUAUUCUGUAUACCUAUUGUUUGUAAUUAAAUUAUAUAUUAAUUAUAUAUUACAGAUUGUAAGUAGAUAUAUGAUUUGAUAAUUAAAUUGCUUGUAAUUGGUCAAGUGGAAUUUAAUGAACACAUAUUAACUUAUUUUUAAUUAUAUUUUAUAUUCUCUGAAAGUAAAAUGACACCAAAAAUAUUUAUUGUAAAAAUUAUAUUUGAAAGAAAGUGUUAAUAUCUAUAGAUGAAUAGUCUUCUUUAAUGUUAAGACUAGGAAUACUCAAAUUUAGAAGUGUAUAUUGUAGUUUUUAUUUUGUUUAUUUUUUUAAUUGUGCUAAAGUAUAUAUAGAUGGACAUUCCUGAUAUUUGUGCGUUUGAUGGUAUGAUUUGAGUAGAUUGUGUAAUUUUUUUAUUAACUGUUAAAAUAAAAAUAAUCAGUUUGUUGUA